CCCAGGCUGAUGGCUGAGACGGAUGUCGUUCUUUACUGUGACUUUCAUGGACACAACCGUAAAAACAAUGUCUUUAUGUACGGAUGUAACAACCGAGGUGACGCCUCGCUGAAGCUUCAUGAGAGACUCUUUCCACUGAUGAUGAGCAAGAAUGCCGGUGAUAAGUUCUCUUUUAAGAGUUGUAAGUUUCGGGUUCAGAAGAGCAAAGAGGGAACCGGACGAAUCGCCAUGUGGAGACUCGGCAUCAAAAACAGCUACACCAUGGAGGCCACCUUCGGAGGCUCCACUCUGGGUGAGUUUAGACUUUCCAAGUGUACCACUUACUGUCUGUCAGAGCUGGCAGCGUUGUUCAGGAAGCAGGUCAGCGAGAGGCUGGGCAAAGAUCUGGGCACUGAAUGUAACUUUUCUGUGUCUGACUUGGAAAGCAGCACCAGUGGUUCAAAUAGUUCUGAUUCCGACGGACUCCCAGCUCAUUUGAUGAACCAUACAGAGCAGACUCCAGUGAAGAAGAAAAAUAAACGCAUGAGGAGUUAUAAAGAGAGGAACAGGCUGCGACCAGAGGAAGGGAGGACUAAAGAACAGCCCAAAGUUCUGCAACGCAGCACAACCAAUAUUGGUUUCAACCUGCCACGAGAGGGAAAUGUUAAAGAGGAGAGGCCUGUUGAAAGACACAGGAAAACAUGGAAGGUGAAUGGGCUGAUAAAGAAAGCUGUGAUCCCGUCUCACUCCACCCACCCAGGAGAGGUCAGUCAUGUGACUCUGUGGCAGGGCAGCGAGCCUGUCAAGGAGUAUGGAAACUUGAAAUCUGCAUACCCGCAUUUGAGCGUAAAAGAAUGUCCACAUCUCAGCACAUACAGGACUGUGGCCACUAACACAGGACAGUGGAGAUGCUCCUCUCAGCUGCUGCACCUGAGUGCCGUCCUUCCUCAGUCUCCAAAUGUCCUGCAUCCCAACAACCGACAGAAUCGCUGCCCCCGACAAUCCUUGGUCCCCUAUAAUGUCUACAGAGGUUUGCCACCUUCCCUUACAGCGCCCGACAGGUCUUCCAUGUACCUCAAGAUGGUUCCAGAAAUUGUUCCAACCAAACGCUUGCUGUCAAAUUUCCGAACUGACACUCUGCACGCUUUCCGAGACAGAAACUCAGAAAGUUCCUUUGUGCCUGAGGAUUCCUUCCUCUCACACGCAGACACAACAAACACCAAGCGGCAGAGCGAGGAAGAGGAAGGAGAUUCCCCAGAAGGUUUCUCACUGAUGAGAUGUUUACCCCUGGGAGAACGGAAGCAGAGAGAAACUGAAUCGUGCAGCAGAUUAUUUGUGCCUUUUCUGAGAGACACAGACCUGAGAUGGAAAAAAUACUGCAAAGAGACCGUGGAGGACAAGAGGCACCUGGGUGUUUUAUCCCCUGCUUCAAAGCCUUCUGGCCUCAUGCAGAUGGUGCCUAAGCGUCCACAGAGUGACUCCCUCCGUAGUUUUCAGACUAAUAAGGACAUCAGGCACUAUCACUCUGGAAGAGAGAGCCAGAUAAGAAAGACAAUGGUAACACUGUCCCCACAUUCUGCCUCACUGUAGGGCGGGAUAUUUAUACAUUUGGAACUACAGAUUCAACUUUUUUUUUUAAAGGUUCAUUAAUUCAACACACGAAAAUACUCUGUUUAUGACCUCCUUCACACAGAUAUCAUAAUGCAAGUUAAACUACUAAUGUUGCAUUCAUAUGGCAACCUUUGUUCAAUGAUGGCUACACAAUGCUGGUCUUGUAUCUACCAUACGUUGCAUUAGUUGCCUAAUAAAUGAUACACAGGCUGUGUGUUUUAAA